UCACACUGCAAGACAAGUGCAGCAGAUGUAAACGCAUAAACAUUUGCUCUCGUUGGUGGGUCAAAUAAAUAAAGCAAAAACACGUAUAUAAUAAAAGUCAGUGCAGUAAAAUGGCUUCAUUCUUCAAUGUGGGCGCUCUGGGCAAUGUUUUCUCGACACCCAUUGGACAGCGCAUCGAGGCCGCCACCGAUGGGGGCUUGGCCUCCGAAAACUGGGCAGCCAACAUGGAGAUCUGUGACAUGAUUAACGAAUCCUCGGACACGGCACGUGACGCGAUGCGUGCCAUACGCAAACGUCUCUCACAGAAUGCUGGCAAGAAUAAUCAGGUGAUUAUGUAUACGCUAACUGUGCUGGAGACGUGCGUGAAGAACUGUGGCAAGGCCUUCCAUGUGCUCGUGGCCCAGAAGGACUUCAUCAAUGACUUGGUCAAGUUGAUUGGCCCGAAAAAUGAUCCGCCAGCAAUAAUGCAGGAGAAAGUGCUGAGUCUAAUACAGAUCUGGGCGGAUGCAUUCAAGAAUCAACCCGAUCUGAAUGGUGUCACCCAAAUGUAUAUGGAACUGAAGAAUAAGGGCAUUGAGUUUCCGCCCACCGAUCUGGAUGCCAUGGCACCCAUCUACACACCUCAACGGAGCGUUCCGGAGGUAUCGUUGCCGCAUCCACAGCUCAUGGCCGCACAGCACACAAUCUCGCCACAGCAUGCGGCAGCCGCGGCAGUUACGCCAGCGACUGGUCCGCUUCAUUUAACUGCCGAACAGGUGGCAAAAUUGCGCUCCGAACUGGAAGUCGUAAGCAAUAAUAUGUCCAUUCUGGCCGAAAUGCUGAGCGUAAUGAAACCGGGCCAGGAACAGCCCGAUGACUAUGCACUGCUCAAUGAGCUGACCGCCACCUGCAAGGAGAUGCAGUCGCGCAUUGUCGAUCUAAUUGGACGAGUGCAGGACGAUGAGCUCACCGCCGAGUUUCUGCGCAUCAACGAUGAGCUUAACAAUGUGUUCUUGCGCCAUCAGCGCUACGAGAAGAGUCGCGCCCAGGGCAAUGCUAGCGCCAUAGCGGUCACCUCACCAUCUGCUGUCCUCGGCGCUGCCAUGGGUGUGCCGGGCGUAACAGCGACAACUGCAACAGCAGCUGGAGCUGGCGCUGGAUCGGUGGCCAUACCUCCGCCAUCGUCAACGGCGGUCAGCAAUACGCCACAAAGUGAUCAACUGCUCAUUGACUUGAUUGAGAGCAGUGAGGAGCAUCUGCCACAGAGUUUCGGACAGUUGCAACUGGGUGGUGCUGCGGGUGGUGCAGCAGCAGCAGCAGCUGGACCCGGCGCUGGCGCUGGAGCAGCAUCAAUCACCACAGGCGCUGCAGAUGAGUUUGAUAUGCUGGCGCAAUCGCGCACCGAUGGCAAUCACAAAAGUGACUUGCUGCGCGAUAUACCCAGCGUGGAUGCAGCAGCUGGCAGCGUUGCCUCGCCAUACAAGCAACUGCAACCGCAGUCGGCAGCAGUAGCAGCAACAGCAGCAACAUCCCCACAACAACAACAACGUGCAACCGGCGAUCAUCCGCCGGUGGUAAGUAAAUCGACGAAAGAGAAUGAAAUCGACGAGAUGGAGGCGUGGCUGGGCAGCUCAAAGGACGUGGAUGGCAUUGAGGAACUGACCAGCUCCGAGUUUGAUAAAUUCCUUGAGGAGCGCGCCGCUGCCGCUGAGAAUCUUCCAACGAUCAAUGCAUCGAACUCCGCUACGACAGGAUUGGGCUUGGGAGCGGCGGGUGACAACAGCUUACGAAAGACACCAAAGAAACCGGGCGCUGAUGAGGAUCUCCUUGCUCUUUGAGUGGUGGCAUGAGUGAUGAGUCAUUUGUGCAUCGCCAAUUGUUUACUCUUCCGAUGAUGAUGGUUACACAAACACACAUGCCUAACAACAUAUUUAUACAUAACGUAUAUAUACAUACAUCUAAAUAGCAUACACAUAUAAUGUUUAUGUCAAAUGCUUUUUUGCCUUUUUUGUUAACAAUUGGUUUUUGUUUAUAUUUUUCUUUUAUUUUUUUAAUCACUCGCAUCAUC